CAGUGUUCCGCCGAGUGUGAAUGCUAUAAAAAGUGUUAUUUGGAACGGGUUACAUCACAGCGGACUCCCGAAACUAGGAUUUGGAUCGCAAAAUGUGUCUCAAAUCACGCAGGCUUUAAAUACUAAACGAACAAGCUGAGCUAAGUUUCUGAAGUGUGCAAUUAGAUACAUUAAACACAAAUGGUCCAUGAACUGAGAUCAUCAAAGGAGGUGGGGGAGAUAAAACCAGAGAUGAACGCCGCCGUCAGCACAGAGUCCAUGGACAUGACUGAGGAGGAUAUGUCCCAGGUGGAGGGCUGCGGGUUGAGCGGCGGCUCGGAGGACGAAGACGAGUGCGCCUCGUCUCCGGCCGGCUCCAACUAUGACGACGGAAACGACAUCAUCAAGAAUGCCAUGAGCGAUGAAGUUACAAAGCAACUUGCAGCCGCCGGCCCCGUAGGCAUGGCGGCGGCCGCGGCUAUCGCCUCGUCGAAGAAACGCAAGCGCCCACACUCCUUCGAGACCAACCCCUCCGUCAGGAAGCGACACCAGAACAGAUUAUUAAGGAAACUUAGACAAACAAUCGAAGAGUUCGCGACACGAGUAGGUCAGCAGGCCGUCGUGCUGGUGGCCACUCCCGGCAAGCCCAACACUUCCUAUCGCGUGUUCGGCGCCAAGCCGCUCGAGGACGUCGUCAGGAACCUCCGCUGCAUGAUCAUGGAGGAGCUGGAGAACGCUUUGGCGCAGCAGGAGCGUCAGUUCGGGCGCGGCUCGGUCCCGCAGGCGCCGCCUCCUCCUGCUGAUGAUCCCUCGCUGUUCGAGUUGCCGCCGCUCAUCAUCGACGGCAUCCCCACCCCCGUCGAGAAGAUGACCCAGGCGCAGCUGAGAGCCUUCAUCCCGCUUAUGCUCAAGUACUCGAUGGUCCGCGGCAAGCCGGGCUGGGGCCGCGAGUCGACCCGGCCGCCCUGGUGGCCCAAAGACUUGCCCUGGGCCAACGUGCGCAUGGACGCUCGGUCUGAAGAUGAGAAGCAGAAGAUGUCAUGGACCCACGCUCUGCGACAGAUUGUGAUCAACUGCUACAAGUACCACGGAAGAGAGGAUCUCCUGCCAGCUUUUACUGAAGAAGACGAGAAAGGACCUCCGACACAACCCGUGUCUGCGUGCAUGCCGGGCGCGGGGUCCGGGGGGGCGGAGCCCGGGGGCUCCCGCCCGCACCACGCGCUCGCCGAGCAGCAAGUCUGCAUCGACCAGAUGACACUCGCCGACGUCGAUAUGUCGCAGUACGCUCCCGCCGUGCUGCAGACCAUCACCAACCCCGACGGGAGCGUCUCCCUCAUCCAGGUGGACCCCAACAACCCCAUCAUCACGCUGCCCGACGGGACCACCGCGCACGUGAUCCAGUCCGGCGAAGGCGGAGCCAGCGUGGUGGGGGCGCUGGACACGGACGGCGCCGUCGCCGUGGACCUCAACGCCGUCGCCGAGGCCACGCUCAACCACGAGGGGCAGAUCAUCCUCACGGCGGACGACGGGCACGGCUACCCCGUGUCCGUGUCCGGCGUCAUCACCGUCCCCGUGUCCGCCUCCGUGUACCAGUCCAUGGUCGCCUCCAUGCACCACCACGAGGCCGUCUGCGUGGCGCCGCUCGUGCAGGUGGAGCAGGGCGGCGAUACGCUGGAGGCGCUGUCGCUGGGCGGCGGCGUGGCGCAGGUCAUGCUGCAGAACGGAGACACGCAGGUGCUGCAGGUCCUCAGUCUCAAGGACGCCACCGUCCUCACCAAACAUAUGGCUUAUUGUCGACAGCAACAGGUAAAGGCUGAGCGGGAGGCGGUGGUGGCAGACUCGUAGCUGAUGCGUUUGGUGGGGACUCCGCCACCUGACUCUCGCACCUAGCGCUCCGCCCUCGCGUGCUCCGCCCCGCACUACCGCGCCCCGCACUCCACUACGCACCGACCGAACUAGUGGCUGACGGCAGAGCGCCAUAUUUAUAAACACUGGCUGGACGAACUAAUGGCGGAUUGUUGACAUCAGAGCUAAGAGGUUAUAAUAAUUGUCACGUUUUGCUAAAAUUAAUUAAUUCAUAAGUCAUUAUUUACUUUAACAAAUAGUUUACCCGAAACUGUGACCUGUACGCCGUACAUUCUAACACGAACAAAUUUAAUAAACAAAAUCCCGUCCUUCGUCUCUGACGUGGAGAUGAACUGCAUAUAAACAAAUCGUUAUUACCGACAGGUUCAAUUAGUUCUUUUUAAAACGCCUGUUUUCAUCCGUAGUAAUUGAAAUAACUGGUACCGCCAUACAAUACGUCGCCGUUGACAAUAAUUGCAAAUGUUUACAAUUAAUUGAUUUAAGCCAAUGAAGAAAUAAGAACCGGACGAUUCCGAGUGAUUUGAAUGUGCCUCGAUUGCUCUCUAGUACGAUCUCCCAAAUCGGACUCAGUUUAUCAUAUUGCUUUAUUUGGUUUUAUCCAAAAGUAACUAAACACAAUCUAUCGUAACAGUAGACAUACAGAUCAAAUGAUGAUGAAUAAUCACUUAUCGACUGGUUUGCCCAGAGCGUUUCUUAUGGGAUGGAGAAAUUUGUGGUGGUCCUGAAGGUUUAUUAGUUUCACUGGGACGAACCGGUGGAUCCGAGGGCUCAACCUUUGGCUAACAGCUGCUCGAGCGCCUCUGAAGGAGUUCUAACACUUGGACGACCCCUCGCGAGCGUAUCCAUCGGCCCCAGGCACGCUCACGCCGUGUCCACUAACAUAUAUGGUGUAUUUUCUUACUUCUACUAGUUACUACUUCUACUUACUUAGUGUCGCAUUAUCCAAGUAGAGAGCAGGGGCACAUUUAUAUACAAAAGGCAACCCGAUUUACUUUAUAACGUUUGCGGCCGUUUAACUGAUGAAUAAAAGUUAAUUUAUUAAUCAACCAAACCCCUAAAAUUUUAUUUUAAUCAAACAUCUCGAGUUUUAAGCAAAUAUUGUUCAGUACACCGGUGCAGGUCGGUAACAAUUGUGUGUGUAUAAUGGUAAUAUCCGCUAAAACGUAUUGCUGUCCUGUGAUAUGAAGUGGUAGACCAAGCUUACAGAAUAGAUAGGGUCGGAGUACCCCAGCGGUCACAGCCCAUAUCUCGUUAGAGAGCGCAACGUGUACAUUUGUAUCGGAGAGUUUAUUAAUUAGUCUUGUGUCAGCCAUCGAUAUUGUUGAGCGAGGUGGUCGCUGUACACUAAGAAAGCUGGAAACGAUAUCCGACUCGCGCCAUGACAAUCCAAUAAAUAAAUAAUAAAUAGUAGCAAUAUUUUUCCAUUAAAUGGAUUUCAUUUCAAAAUCGAACGGUCAAAUAAACUCUAGGUAUUUAUUUUAUUAUUUUAAUGAAAUGUGCAAUAUACGAAUAGCUAAACCCGUAUUUAUUUUAUAAAUUUUAAAUGCUGUUUUAUUUAUUGGCUGAUUUUAUAUGCGAAUCAUAUUAUUAGGUAGAUUAUAUUGGAUAUUACGGCGAUUCGCUAGUGUGUGUAUUGGAAGUGCCGUACAUAAUAUUGGUAAAAUGGCGUAUUUAAAUAUUUACUUUAAAAGUUAUACUCGCAAGGCGUGACUUUAAUUUAUUGAGUUAAUGGAAUUUGUCACUUUUACGCUUUAAUACUUUUUCAUGCACCAUACCAUUGUGCGAGUUUUUUAACGUUCUCGAUAGCGUAAAAGUUAACUCAAAUUUGUAUGCAGUUCGAACAGCGGCAAACGUAGGCAAACGUUCCAACUCCACACAAAUUUGAGUUAGCUUUUACGCUAUCGAAAAGGUUAAGAAACUCGUACUAAGCACACAAGUCUACGAUUUUUGUAUACAAAAGCGUCAGAAUAAAUUGAGUUGAAAGGAAACAAAUGAAUGUACACUCUCCUGAGAUUAUGCUGUCUGGUGCUAUGGAAUAAUAAUAUGCUGAUUAAAAGUCUAGUUACACCAGCUGUGAAGACUGUGAAAUCCUAGCAAAGGUAUAAUAUUGAGUCUAAUAAUAGUACUUAAUUACAAAAAAAAAACGCGACCUUUAAAUCUUACAGUGACAAGUAGUUUUGUCAAAAUGCCACAUAGAGUAUAACUUUUAGAAAUAAAUUAUACCAUUAUCAAUUAAAAAAAACAUUCCUUUUAUUUAAGUGUUUGUUAUAAGUUGUUGGUUUUGUAAUUGAUUUGUCGUCGAGUUUGUUAGUGAGUACUUUAUCUAGUCUUGUCGAACGAAUCUAGUCCGUAAGUCGAGAGUAGACACGAUACAUAGUAAAAUAUACAAAUAGAAAUAUUUAUUGGAAAUUAGUUUUUUUCGUAUUUAUAGGUACUUAUAGAUAGAUAGUAAUUUAACACUUCUGUGUACCGCAUAAGGUUUCGUGGAUUUCAAAUCAUUAAAUUGUUGUCUGGUACGUGGAAUGUGCGUAAAUUCUUUAAUUAUAAUUGAAAUACGGUCAGUCUGGGUAACUAUAGUUCUUGCGGUUGACACUGACACUUCUGAUUGUUAGUACGAAAUACGAAUUGUCAAAAGACACUUUUGAAAAGUUGACAGAUAACAUAGUUCAGAGCUACGAAGGAUAAGAUCAAUAAAGUUACAUAAACGUUCCAGACGCCAACUAUUUUAAUAAUAUGACACGAGCUCAAAAACGUUAUUUUCACUUUGCUACAAAAUAUUUUUAAAUACGUUUUUACGUUCCGAUUUACUAUACCGCGAGGCGUUGAAUGCGCUUCCAUUGAUUUUAAAUGUUUGGUGGGAUUUUGUUUAAUGCGUGCGUUAAAUCAUGUGUUGAACAUCAGGAAUCACGCAUUAAAACAUGCGUUUCGAGCUCUUGCGAUUAUAAUUCACACUAAAUAUAAUAAAAUUGUUAUCAACAGCAUUAAAAGUUACCCAGACUGACUCUGUGGAGUAUUUAUUAGUUCAUUAUCCUUUUUUUAUUCGGGCUCGCAACGAAGCAAUAGAAAGUAAGUAGUUAUGACAUCUCGACAUAUACAUGUGAAUUUGUAAUUAGGAACGUAUUCUAAGAUGCUUCUCGUAGUGAGCUCGAAUUACGGAAGAUUUGUUUUAAAAUGGUAGGAUCUCUUGUGAGUCCGCACGGGUAGGUACCACCAUCCUGACAAUUUCUGCCGUGAAGCAGUAAUGCGUUUCGG